ACGCGUUCUUUAAACUUCAAGAGGUGUUCAAAUAUUUGCCAUUUUACCAAAAAACUCUUUUAUUUUAUGGUCAAGUGCAGUGCGCUUUUCAACGAGAAUUUUUACCCAAGUGGAGAAAAAUUGCGAUAUAAAUGUGUUUCAUUGGGGAUUUUAACUGUGAUCUGGACGCCGUACGUCCGGAAUUAAUCGCAAAGUUAUGGCAAGAGGAAAUCGCUGAUAAAUUCAUAGGAGAUGAGUGCAGGGGCCAAAAAACUGUUCAAAAUGUUGAAUGAGUUUGGAGGCGGAUAUGAAGAAAACUGCACAUUGCCGUGCUUUGAUGAAUUUUCCGUUGUUCCUCCUGGUUUUCUAUCUAACAAAACACGGAGAUGCAGGAGGAAGCAUCCCCGGAAUAGAAUUAUCGAUGCCGCCUUCCCACAUCGCCUUGAGCGGCGACCUCCACAUCCAAAUUACUUCAUCGUCUUUUCCACCACUAAUGCUGCAAUUAUCUCGACUCGAAGGCAACAUCGCCCAACCCCUAACCACUUUUCCCGUUUUCCCCGAAGCUCGGGCUCUUUCCCUCAACACGACAAUAGUGAAAAUCCCUUGUGGAUAUUUUUCAAAAGGUGGCCAAUACUACAUCCUCCUCAAGAAACAACCAAUUGGAAAUUCGAGUGUUGAGGACUCGAAUUCCGUAAUCACAAGAAGUUUGGAUGUUCGGUGGCCAAUGCCUCAACUGUCUGUGACCCCGGAACAUAUACAGACUUACCCGGAAACGCCAGUGAUGGCCAUUCUCGAGUUUCCGGAAGUGGUGUGUCCUCCGGUGGCCGAUAGUCCGGUUAGUGCCAUACCGGAGUUUUGGUUAGAGUUACAUUAUUGUGGCCAUUCGUUGCUUACCUGUGAUAAUGAUGAUAACAGACAGAAUAAUUCAAAUGUUCAGGUUUUGGAUCAAGUGAGGGGGUUUGGAGGGAAGAGGGUGUUUACACUUAGAUGCGAACUUUUUGGUUUAGCUGGAUUUUAUGCACUUUUUCUACGACCCACAGCUAAUACACAGUUAUUGCCCCAUACUACGGCCUACGUCAAGGCCGAUUGGAGCGAGCAAUUCGUGUUCAAUGUUCAUGCCCGUAGCAUUUUGCCUUGUGACGGCCACAGCGGCAUCAAAGUCCUCUUCCAAUAUCCCUCAUGUAUCCUGGCAUCAGGGGACCGAGUCCGAGUUUUCGCUCGGUUGCGAGCAAAUGUUGCCUCAUUGGCGCCCCCGACAUCUCUCGAAUAUGUGGCUGAAAAACGAGUUAUCAGAGGACAGCACAGUUUGCACUUUGAUUGUGAUUUAUUCACCGAACGCUAUGUCGAAUAUUGCUUCGUGUAUGUGAGCCAAGCAAUCAACGACGCCGUCGCCGACGUCAGGAUGGAUUGCGUGCCCACCCUUCCUGUCACAGAGAAUGAAAGUGGGGGUUGGGGCCCUUGGAGCCCUUGGACGCCUUGUUCAAGCACCUGCAUUGGGGGCACACGGAGUCGUUAUCGUUUUUGUGACUCCCCACCUCCUCGUUACGGCGCAAAGUUCUGCGAGGGCCAAGCCGUGGAGACUGAAAAAUGUGGGAAGAGCAUGGGCAAAAACUGGGAAUGUUUUUAUGGAAGUGGUAUUUCAGCAAGUGAUAUCGCGGCUGAAAUGCCUGAAAUUCAGGCCGAAGUGGGUCCAUACUGCCGAUGUGGCUGUGUAGUCCAUCUCGGGCGAGCCAAACCCAAGCGUUUGUUGGCAACUUCGUCCCAAAGUUGUCCCGGGAGAACCUUCUGGUUAAUUCAGGCGGACGACGAGUUCAUAAUCCAGUUCAAAGUCGAGCAAUUUCAUCUACCUUGUGGCACUCAAUGGCUGAAAGUGAGAGAUGGCAGCUCCCUUUCAGCGAAUUUACUCGCUGAUUUAUCCGGAGCUCCUGAAACCACACCAUCUGUCGUCAAUUCGACAGGAGCGAAUUUAUUGCUCGAGUUUUUCUCCGAAGAAAUCGCUGUUGGAGGACAAAUUUGCGGAGGAGGGUUUUUGGCACACGCCAGUCAGAUAAGAAAAUUAAACGUGUCUGGGGUGCCAAUAGCUCAAAGUGUUGGAGUGGUUCCAGCCGUGGUGUUGAAAAUGACAGCGGUUCAUAUCGCUGCGAUUUUUUUUCUCAGCGGCUUGUUGAUCGCAACGGCUUUGUUGGGGGCGCAAUAUUUAUUCCGGUAUAGGAAAUACCAUAUUGCUCAAGGUGAAGAUCAGGAUUCUCUCGCUGAUCCCACAGCUUCUUGCGCAAGUAUCUCACUGCGUACGAGGGCCUCUUCCAGCGCCACCCUUCUAUCGGAAGUAAUUUCAUUAACGAGAUUGAGACCCCACAUGAAGCCGCGAAAUAAACACAGUCGUUUGAGGGAGUCAAUGGAUUGUGAACAGGAAGAGGAGGUGACGUUAGCUAAAGAAGAAGAAUCGUUGAGUAUGAGCAGUACUACGACUCUUACACAACAAGAAACUUUAACAACGACAUUACCGCAAAUGGAGGAAGUAACGAGCAGUUUGCAAACUUACGACGAGAAAACCUUGCAACGGUCGUCCACUCUCAACAGCGAAAAGGACAAUUUAAGCGAAAAAGACGAUUUAAAAAGCACUUCGUCUAAAACCUCUAGAAGAUUAAGUAACGUCAGUACUGCCUCUAUGACGCAUGUGAGAACAUCGUCUGAAAUUGGUUCGAAAAGUGAUCCGGGUUUUUAUUCGCCCGCAUCCAGUCUAGCCAGUACAGCCACCAUAAAAAGCACCAACGCAAAAGAAACUAAAGAAAAAAGAAACCGGGAAAAGCUUCUAGCAGGGCCUACAGCCGGUUCAGAUUUUUCCAUAGUAGGCCCCGAUUUAGAAAUGGAUUACUAUGAUUACAACGUUGUCAAUGCUGGGGCGGCUCCUGGGUCUUAUUUGGGCAUGGAUCCGGCUUUUCUCGUCUGGAUUCCUCCUUUGGACGAAGACGGCGAGAUUCUUCCCACCGAAGAAGAACUCAAACCACGAGUCUAUAUAGACCCUGGAAGCAAUAAAGAGUCCCCAGAAGAAGAAAUGUUGCUACCCAAAAGUGAGAAAAAGAUUGAAAUAACACCCAAUUCACCAAUUUUGAAGAAAAUUAAUAAAACUGUGGUUACAAUUCAUGAGUUACCCAAAAACAAGAGAUGUAGUAAGCUUCUCGACGAAAUGGAGAAGGAAACAAAAGUGGAAAAGUCACCAUGUCUUGAUAAAAACAUUUUAGAAGAGAUUAAGUUUGCUGAUGAAGAUGAUGAGGAGAAGGAAUCGACUGAAAGCCAGUGCAAUAUUGAAUUAUCAUAUCAAGAUUCGAAUAUUUUAUCUUCCAGUUAAGACUGAUCUUGUGUUAAAAUAUUGUUGUUAUCGAAGGCAUUUCAAAUCAAAGCUAUCUCAGGACUGGAGACUGUUGAGUUAAAAUAAGUGAAUAAGUUACCUAUCACUAGCCCUAAUCUAGUCAUAUUUGUAGGCUUUUAGAUUGUUGUUUUGUACAAUAAAACUUUCAUCAUGCAAGUUAUUGAUUUAUGUGUGGGACCAGAUGGGAAUUUUUAACUCUUAAUUAUUGAGUGGAGUUAAAAAUUUAUCAUCAAAUGUUUGAAAAUAUGGUGAAACAAGUAUCCCUUUUAGGAAAUUGUAGUGGCUUGCUUUUGUGAUUUUUUGUUUUAGGUAAUUUGGUUUUGUACAUAGUUAUUUUUGUUAUGAAAUGUUGAAACGCUAAUUUGUAUAAUACAAAAAUUUGGGAUAUAUGUACUUAUGGCAAAUAAAUUUACGUAUUUAUAUUAUUUAA